CACACCAAACUAUUAAAUUAUAAUAAAAUUGUCCGUAGGUGUGUGUUCGUGAGUUAGAAUAUUUUUUAAAUAAAAAUCAUACUGUAAACCAUUUUUUACCGCGAACCGUGCGUAGUAUACAACAUAAAUUAUUAUUGACAUACAUGUUUAUUUAGCUGGUGUUGGCGUUUACAAUUACUGCGUCGAAACGGCGAGACCGUGCGUGUUCCCCAAAUGGACUCGUGUCGGGGUCCACAUCCGACCAGCAAAGACGAGACAGAUGAAAACAGCUAUGUUCGCAUGUAGAGUCCGGGAAAAUGUUUAGCAAGAAAGUGCAGGCGGACGUGAAGAAAUCGGCACAUAAAAUAUUGGAUCCCAAAAAAGAUGCCGCCACUAGGUUUAAACAUCUCAAAUUUUUACUGGAUAACAAUGACGAUCACGAAUCAAAACAUUUAUUCGAAAGUAACUACAGCAGUGUAUACCAAAUAUUUUAUGAAAGUUUCACGACCAUUGAAACAAAUUUAAAACAAAGAGUUACUAAAAUCCAUAGAGAUGAGUUGGAUACGAUACUAAUAAUUUUAGAAAAAGUGUUGACAUUAUGUCCAGAAAUUGUAGCACAGCGAUGGCAGUGCCACAGUAUGUGUAUAAUCAUUACUAAAUUGUUGCACCCAGAGAAUUCAUGGCGUUUAAGACGUGAAGGAAUCAAGUUUUUUAUUCUGUGGUAUCAAAUUUUGGGACACAAUGCUCCAGAUUCUGUUCAUGCAAUGUUUGCCACUCUUGUCCCAAGCUUUUCUAGUCCCAUACCGGAACACCCAGGAUUGGUUGCAUUAUGGGCAAGCCAGUCAAACCCAACUAGUUCACAGGAUCCAAACCCUGUUGGACCUUUGGAAACAACACCUUUGUAUGGUCCACAAAUUGGCGAAAAGCAACCAGAUGACACGAUCAAAUACUAUUUGGAAUCUUUACUUGAACUUAUGGUUAAUCAGGUUCCUCGAAUAAUUUGGAAAGACCAAAGAAAUUGUCAAAGACGAUGUUUUAACUAUUUAUUUGAAAAAUUUAAACAGUAUUAUUUACCUGUUAUUUUUCCCGAUUACUCAACAUCUACUAAUGUGUAUAAACCUACAGCUGAACUACCCAAUUGUUUGUCUCAAAACAGAAAUGAUGCGUAUAGCAGUUGUCGAGUUUGUGUAAUAAAAUGGCUUGCAGGAUUUACUCAAGACAUAAAACAAAAAAGUUCUAACUAUCCAAAUAUCUCUAUGAUAUCAAAACUUAUUGGGGAUAAAUCGCAAUUGGUGGCUUUUGAAAUUGUCAGAGAUACUUUGUACAAAUCAAGAGAAAAUGUAAACUUAAUUCACGAAGUUUUCCGACAAGCAUUUUUAUUAAAUUUUACUUGGGCAAUGGCAAUCAGAAGAACCAUAGCUGUAUACAAAGAUUGGAUUCAACUAAGUGUUCCCCAACAACCACCGUUUAUGUUGGAACCAGAGGGACCUUCCAUGUCAAGUUUAGAUCAUAAUUCCGAAAAGUAUGAGCCUAAAAUUGGUGAUAUAAGAGCUGGAUUUCAGAAUGUUUUGCAAUUAUUCAUGACAAACGCUCUCCAUGUGUUUGUGGCACAAAGUGGAACUGAAUACCCUAUGUUAUUAGAAGAACAAGUUGAUACCUGCAAAAGAGUUCUAAACAUUUAUAGAUAUAUGGUCAUGCAUACAUACAUGUCUGUAAAAACAUGGGAACAAUUAUUAAAUGUUUUACUAAGGAUAACCACUCUCGUGUUAAAUAAAAAACCGCCUAGACGAAAAGAAGACACGCUAUCUGGAAAAUUGUCACCUGCUAUUUUUCAAACUUUAAUUGUAACCUGGAUAAAAGCUAAUUUGAACGUUCCAAUUACGGAAAAACUGUGGGACCAAUUUUUGACUGUAUUAUGUUCUCUUACACAAUGGGAAGAACUUAUUAAGGAAUGGUCGAAAACAUUGGAAACCUUAACACGAGUACUAGCAAGGCAUGUUUACAACUUAGAUUUAGCAGAUUUACCGUUAGACCGGGUAGCAGAUAAAAAAUCUAGAAGAAAACUAGGAAACAACAUGUGCAAUCUGUCGUCGUCACGAACUAGUGAGCAAAAGGGUUCAGUAGCAGAUGUAGAAACACGAUUGAAUAACUUGAACAAAAAACGAAAAUUUGUAAAAAGAUCUAAUAGUGAUACAGACAUAUCAUAUAAUUCUUCACUUCAAAAAUACACUGAAGCUGAUACAGUAUUCAAUAUUACAGAAACUCCAACAGCUGAUGAUAAUAACAAAUUUAACUGGAAAGAAGAUACUGUGUCGUCAUCAAAAUGUUUUUUUAAUGUCCGAAAAUGUCAUUCAUUAGAAAAUUUAACUCAGCUUUUAAUACUGCGAAUGCGAGACAGUAAUUCAAGAUCGCCUUCACCUGUACCAUCGACUGGAAUGGAAAGUAGCCUAUUUAAAGAAGCUCACAUGCAAAUUGAACUUAUGUCUUCCCAGCACCCUUCUACUGAAAAAGUAACAAAUAAAAAAUCAAUCAUGUCUGGUGGGGACGUACGAGGGUGGACGCCAGAUGUAGCAGCAAUAUUAUGGCGCAGGAUGCUUGGAGCUCUCGGAGAUGUAAAUACAUUAGAAAACCCUGUUCUCCAUGAACAAGUUUUCCAGUAUUUAUUAGAUCUCAACGCUACCAUGACCAAAAUUUAUCAAAACCAAGGCAUGGCAGAAGAAGAAAAUUCUGUAUCGUUAGAAUUAGUACCACCCAUAUCAAUAAUUUCCCCUUGGUGUUUUCAGGCUCUAACAUUACCAAAAGCAUAUAGAAAUGGUAAGCUUCACGCUUAUAAGUUAUUGUGCCAAAUGACUUUGAGUAAUAGGGAAACACAUCAAGGACAAAAAUAUAUUACUCAGUUUUUUAAAGUGUUGCAUUAUGGAUUGACAUCCAGUGAUCAGGAGAUUGUCAAUACUAUAUUAAAAAAUACUGGCCCUGAAUUUUUUUCUCAUCAGCUUCCUGGUUUCACUUUGCUAACUUUGGAUUUUGUUCAUGCAUGUAACGAAGUCUUAAGUAGCACAAAUGUAGUUAUGGCUCCGCGUGCCGAAGCUGCUUCCAUAUUAGGAUCAAUAUUAAGCUUUCCGCCAAACCUGACUAAAGUGCCUUAUCUGAAACCGGAUUGUCAUCAGUUUGACAUAACUUAUUGUCCCGAUAUCAAAGAUACAGUAAUAAUGAUCAUGUUGAAAGUAGCUAAACGAGAACCAUUAGGGCUAGCUAGAUGCAUCACUUUGUCCAACUUGGGCAUGUUUUUAUGUCAAGAAUUGGGCAACAACAGCAAGCACCCCUGCAUUAAAGAAGCAAUCAUCACAUUAUUGCUUGCCUUACAAUUUAAGAAUGAGAAAGUAUCUCAAGUAGCUUGUGACAUUGUAAUGCUACUACGCGAUUACAUUCCUCAUUUACUCAAAUAUUAUCCAGAUAUCCCACCAAAAGUGUUAGAGGUGUUGUCUGCAACAUUAGCAAAUAUGCUACCAAUUGGUGAUGGGAACAAAAGGCUGCUUACCUCGUUAGUAUUUUGUUUAGCUGAAUGGACCAUGCAAAUACCAAUACCCCUGUUGUUAGAACCACGGCCAAAACAAAGUUUAUCAAUGACUGUAUUUAUGAUCAUUGACGCCAUGAGCAGAAACUGUAAUGACAAGACAAUUGAAAAUCUCAGAAAAGCUACAGAAAUUAAUUUGGAAUAUUCUAAUGAAUUUUUAUUUGACAUAACGUUGGACAAUUUAAAAACUGAAGAAUUGAAAAAUAACAGCAUGUUUAGUGAACACAACAUGGCACCUACGCAUUUGAACAGCAGUCGACAUUCCCUUCAAAUUGCUUCGAGGAUGAUAAUUAAUCAUUUAUUGAAUCAUUUGGGACAAUUUCCUAUGUUGAUCGGUCCUGCUCGAUUAUGUUCUAUGGUAUCGGAACACGAUGACAUAUUAAACUCUAUCACUGAUCAACUCACUAUUGACAUUUUUGCUGUACCCAACAUACAGUUGUUCAUGUCUGUGACUAAUAUGCUGCUUACAUCCAUAAUUGAACUUCCCGCGUUAGAAGUGCCAGGCGGUGGUAUUACGGCAGGACUAAGAACUGGGCUGAAUCAGGUUCGCAUUUUACAAAGAGAUUUAAUUGGAAAGUCUUGUUGGGAUAUUUCUCCUUUGUACUGUGGACCAAACUUUGAUCCCGAUAAAGAUUUUAGUGAAACGUUUUUGGAAGACACAAUUCGUGAAAAUAGUGGAAACCAAGAAUCAAUUAUGGUGUCUUGCGGCACAAAUUUUCAAACACAACACACUAUGCGUCAUCGAGCUCCUGACGUAUUACCAACUUUUGAAAAUUCUGCAGAUGAUCUUGACAAUUUAGAUGAUCUUUUACAGUAUAUUGGAUACACGAGUUCAGAAUGUUUAGAAGACAUGGAAGUCUUGUUGAAUAAUCCUGCAUCAAAAUCUCCUAUGUCUUCUCAGUUGGAGCAAGAUGUAAUGAGCACCAUUUUGGGGCAGCAAAUCAUGGAUAAUAAUUACACUGAAAAACUUCUAUGUUCUUACUAUAACCGUUUGGAGAAACGACCCCAAUGCAGUGUGCAUAAAUCCCCAUUCCAAAAUGGCCGAGCUCUGUUUUCUGAGCUGGGUUUUACUAGCUGGGAUCAAAGACGCCAAAUUUAUCAACUUCAGCGCAAUGAGAAAGUUUUAAGAGAAUUGAGAGUACUAGAUGCACAGUGUUGCAGAGAUACUCACAAAAUAGCAAUUAUUUAUGUGGCCGACGGACAAGAAGACAAGGUGUCUAUCAUAUCUAAUACUGGUGGAAGUCAAGCGUAUGAAGAUUUUAUUUCGGCUCUAGCUUGGGAGGUGGAGCUAGAAACCCAUAACGGUUUCAUGGGCGGACUGCAGCGUAACAAAAAUGCUGGAACUACAACUCCUUAUUACGCAACAUCAUUCCUGGAAGUCGUGUUUCACGUAGCCACUCGAAUGCCUACCACGACUAAUCAAGAGGCGUAUAUCCAAAAGGCGAGACAUUUGGGAAAUGACGAGGUACACAUUGUCUGGUCGGAGCAUUCCAAAGAUUACAGACGUGGCAUAAUCCCCACAGAAUUUUGUGACAUUUUGAUUGUGAUAUAUCCAUUGCCUAAUGAUUUGUUCAGAAUACAGGUUUCUAGAAAACCCGAAGUACCUUACUUUGGACCACUGUAUAAUGAAAUAAUAGUUCAGAAGCCUAUACUGGCCAAUGUCGUUAGGUGUACAGCAAUAAAUGCAUCAUGUGCUAAGCGUAGCAUGAUACCAUUUUACCAACAGUAUUAUGAAGAAAGAUGGAGGUCGUUAGAUAUGGUAAUGAAAAAUUACAAACACUCGAGUACUUUUGAAGAGUUUAUAUGUAAUGUAUAUUCACCAGUUCAAACCAUAUCGCCAUUCCAACAGCCAUACACAACUUCAAGAGGUUCAGUCGACAAAUUCAAAUCUGAUGACGGUUCGUCAUCAUCCAAUUUGGCUUCCGCACUUAUAGACUCUCACCGAAGUAGGAGUACCAAAGGUAUGUCAAUAGAUUGGUCAAUGAAGAAUGGGGCCGAUAUGGAUAUGUUGAUUUCAGCCGGAAUAUCUCCUAGGCCCUACAAGAAAUUAAGUUCUCACCAGAACCAAAUGCAAUAGAUUAAUUUAAAUGACUGAAUCGGAAAUGCAAAGCGUACGUCUUUGAAUGGUGCAUUUCUUAUAGGAAAUGACAAUGUUUGCCAACACAGCUCAAUAUUCUGACAGGGUUGACGAAGUAAUGAAAUAAGAAUAUUUAUAUUAUUUUUAACGUGCAUUGUAGAAAUGCGUAAAAUAUAUUUUUAUUAGGAUUAGCUGUUAGUAUAGUAUUAGAACACAAACGGUAUGUAACCAUCGUUGCGACCGUGUUCAAAAGUACAAAAAAAUAUAUAAUUAAUAUUAUUAGAUAUAUCUUUAUUAUUUUCUAUUUUGUUACUUAAACAUUAAUUUUUUUAUUAUCUUUAUUCCGUCCUGUGUACUUAAUCGUUUUAUUUGGAAACUUAGACUGACGUUUUGUGCACUUUUGUACUCCUUGUUCGCUUAAAUUGUGAUAAGGUUCAAUUAAUUUAUUUUUCUUCUUUUUCUAUUACUAAUUAUAAGUAUUAUUAUUGUGAAAAUUUUAUCAAAGAAAUCACUCUCCACUCUUCCUGUGUUUGAUGGUAAAUGCACAUUAUACUAUACCAAAUCAUGUAUUAUAAGAUUGCCAUUUACUAAUAUUUAUAUAUAUAUUUUUUUAAUUUAUUAUUUCACGUCUAACGAUCUCUUGUGUAGUAAUUUUUUCUCUUUUUAAAAAAAAAAAAAUUUUAAUUCCAUUUGCAAUAGUUAAAAAAUGUAUAACUUUCGACAUUUAUAAGAGGUAUAUUUAAAUGAUUUUUUUUUAUAUCUAUACAUAUAUAUAUAUUUAUUUAUUAUUUAACCGUGCUGUUCUGUUUUUACUUUGUGAUUUUUUUUCUUCAAUUUUUGUUAAAACAAUCUUACACUAGAGCGCUCACUCAACGUCGCACAUAGUGUUAUAAUUUAUUGUCGUUUUCCGUGUAAAGUGCCCAUAUGUAAUAACUUAAGAAAAUAAAGAAAUCUUGUAAAAUUUUUAAAAUAAUAUUAACCUUUGUUUGUACUAUUAUUAUUGACCUUUAAAAAAAACCUUUAUUUUAUUAAUUAUAUACAUAAUA